UUUUUGACAUUUGCAACAACACAAAAAUAGGUUUUCUUAUGCUAAUAGCAAGAAAAAAUAAACAAUUCAAAACUAAUAUACAAUUAUAAAAUUUAAAACAACUAAUUAAUAAAAUCUUUAUUUUUGUAUCGGCAUAAAAAUAAGAAUGUCUUACUACUUUGUUAUAGUUGGACAUAAUGACAACCCCAUUUUCGAAAUGGAAUUUACAACAAUCAAUAAGGAAAUAAAGAAAGAAGAUCACAGACACUUAAGUCAAUUUAUAGCUCAUGCUGCUUUGGAUCUUGUUGAUGAACAUAAAUGGAAAACUAAUAGCACUUAUCUAAAAUCAAUAGAUAAAUUUAAUCAAUGGUUUGUGUCUGCUUUUGUAACGGCAAGUAGAAUACGAUUUUUGAUUGUGCAUGAUACUCGAAAUGAUGAAGGAAUAAAAAAUUUCUUUAAUGAAAUAUAUGAAACUUAUAUUAAACAUUCUAUGAAUUCCUUUUAUAAAAUAAAUACCGCAAUUAAAUCUCAAAUGUUUGAAAAAAAAGCUCAACUAUAUGGAAAAAAAUUUUUACUGUCAUAAAU